CAGCAGCAUGAGGAGGCGGUAUAUAGGGGCCUAUGGCAGAUUAGGGGCCUGGCAGCAGCUAUAGGAGGCCCGUAAAUCUGCCAGCACCCUAUGUCAAAAAAAUUCUAACACACCAGCAGUGUGAGGAGACCUGAAAGUGGCACAUGGCAGAGUGUGGCGAUGGAGACAGCAGCAAUGGGGAGGCCGUACAGGGACCCAUGAGAGACUCUGGACCUGGCAGCAGCAUGGCAGAGUGUGGCGAUGGAGACAGCAGCAAUGGGAGGCCGUACAGGACCCAUGACAGACUCUGGGGACCUGGCAGCAGCAUG